UAUACAUACACACGUAACACACACGCGCAAAAUAAGUACAUACUCUACACCUAAGACCUAGCUACCACAUCGAUCGAUCGGCGUUGAGUUUGGCACCACAUGACCGGCAUGGCACUGGCGCGGCUCGCCGUGGCUCCCCUCCUCCACCUGCUGCUGGCGGCGACCUGUUGCGCCGGCCGCGACUUCAUCGUCGGCGGCCGAGGCGGGUGGGCGACGCACCCGGCCGAGCCGUUCAACACUUGGGCCGAGCGCAACCGCUUCCAGGUCAACGACAGCCUCGUGUUUAGGUACAGCGAUCACAGCGACUCGGUGAUGGCGGUGAGCCAGAGCCACUACGACGCCUGCAACACCACCGACCCCUACGUCCAUCUCGAGGGCGGCCACAACGUCUUCGGCCUCGCCAGAUCCGGCCCAUACUUCUUCAUCAGCGGCGACGCCAAACGCUGCCAGGCCGGCGAGCACCUCAUCGUCGUCGUCCUCGCGGUGCGUGCCGGCAGUGGCAGCCCCUCUCCUUCCACAAAGCCGUCGCCAUCCAAGUCGUCGCCCCCAUCAUCAUUGCCGCCUCCCGUCCCAGCACCGGCGGGUUCCCAGGCGACUCCGCCUGCUGCGGGGAACUCUUCCUCGACGCCACCGCCGCCUGCGGGAAGUUCUUCGUCGACGCCACCGCCAUCUCCUUCGUCGACGCCGCCUCCUCCCGCAGUUGCACCGCCACCGGCGACCAAUGCUACGGUUGCACCGCCGCCGCAUUCGCCGUCGUCCGCGUCAGCCGUGAGGGGCGGUGUCCUGGCGUUCCUCGCGAUCGCCGGAGCAAUAGUACUAGCUUGAUUCUGUCGAUUGGUCCAUUCAGAUGUUUUUCGUCCUUGUGUUUAGUUUGCUUCGGUUGCUACUUUUGGUUGAUUUACCUUCAAAGUUUGUAGGAUCCUAUCGGAUCAAAAUAAUGUUUUUCUUUGUUUCGUCGCCAAUAUCUUCUAUUUCUAGCAAGUACGGUAUGUAAUCUUUCAUGAUGUAGUAUGUAAUCUCGUUAAGACAGAUUCUUAGGAGGGUUUAAG